GACUCUAAUAGACCUCCACAAGUUACUAAUGAUUCAACUUGGAGCCAUAGAGUUGAUACGUAUCCCAGCUCGUCUUCAGACAUAUCAGAGAAAGCCGACCUGGUCCGUGACAGUUUAGAUCCAAUGAAGCGCCCUUCAAAACUGGUGAAAUUAGAGGAUGGAAGGAGGACCACUUUGUUGGGGCCAGAUGUAAAUGUCUCUGCUGUAUCUGGCCCAUCGCAGGUUUUUGGCUUGUCUGGAAACCAAAAGCCAAAACCACAAGAAGCUUUAGAUUCUGAGAAACAAGCUCCUCAGCUCCAUGGUUUCAAGCUUGAAAAUGUUGAUAAUGGUACAGUUCCAUUAUGA